CAUGUUAACUAUUUUUCAGUUUCUAAAUUUGCAGUGUCCCUAAAUUGUCACUAAAUGUAACAGCUGAUUUUUAUUUUUUGUGAACAUUACGAUUACCUAUUACACAUUAUAAUUUGUGAAAAAUAUACGAUUAAUCUUUUAGAAUAAUCAAUUUUGGUUGGUUAUUGAUAACCAACCUAACCAACAAUUAUGGCGAGUAAUGUAGCUCCAAAAAAUGCAACACCAAAGUGGAACACUUUAUAUGGAUCAGCUAAACUUUACUUUUCAAGGCAUCCAAUUGUAUGUGCUUAUAUAAUUAUGGGUACUUGUUUCAGCAUUGAAUGGCUCCGGAAGUUUUACCAAUUAGAUCCUUUAUUUGCUUAUGUUCAUAAAUAUCGUCGAUAUAAUAUUGUUGUUAGACCAGAUGACCCUGCUGCAAAGCUUGUUAAGCGAUAUGAAAUUGGAUUGGAUAGAGCAUAAAAUAUUAAGAGAAAUUGAAAAUUCGUUAGCAUUUCAAUGAUAGUGUACUACUCUUAAUUACCGUGAAUUCCUCUCAUGUCAAAAAAAUAUGAUGAAUUGAAAUAUAAUGGAAAUUUGUUAUAGUAAUUAUAUUAUUCAUUUCUUAAUGAAAAAAAAUAUUCUAAUAUAGGUGAUUUCAUUAAUAUUUGUUCAUUUGAAAAAAGGAUUGUACAAUAAGUUACUAUAGAUGACACUAUAAUCCUUUUUCACAAAAAAUAUGAAGUCGGAAAGUUACCGACAAAAGUAAAACUAUAACCUUUUGAUAUAAAAAUAAAGAUAAACACUAGUAAUACUUUCCAAAAAUUGAAAAACUUCAAAUAAUCUUUUGUUAUUUAAACUAUGCUAUUGUUAUUCAGUGGAAAUAAAUCCAGUAGAUUCUUAUUCCAAAAUGCAACUAACAACAGUAGCUAAGAAAAAUUUAGAAUUUAUUAAAUCAAGUAAUUUAACUGAUGAAAAUUUCAAUAAGCUACUAUUAGAUUGUAUAUCAAUAAUAAUUAAUAAAAAACAUGAUGACAAAAGUUUGAUGUUGAAAUCUUCAAAUUCUGAUGUAAAACCAGAAAUUAUAAAAGCAGCAUAUAUAGAUCUAACAUCAAUUAUCGUCGAAGCUGUAAGACAAGGAUAUGAUCAUAAAAAUUUGUUCCAAUUUUUAUGUACAACAGAGGUAUUGUCAACAUCAAAACUCGAAAGAUUGUGUGAUGUUUACAGAAAAAAUUAUGAUAGUUUAAGAUCACAAUUAAUUAACAUUGGUGAUUGUUAUCCUUGUCUUAAAGACGUUAGUUGGAGAUUGGAUUAUUGUAUUAAGACUAGCGAAAAUUAUUCAUUCCAUGAAUGUAUUUAUUAUAUUAAUCUAACAACAAAAAAAAAUGGAGUUCUUAGCAAUGUGCAAUUUACCUGCUCUAUAUAUCAAUUACAAGAAUUAGUGCAUAAAUUAAAAGACAUUGUGAGACAUUUAGAAAAAUUAUCAUCUCAAUAA